ACCCACGCAGCGCCACACAUGUCAGACCUGGAUGACUUGGUUUGAGACCACCAGGAGGGAGAAGAAAUAAACGAUGCUUGCAUGAACUGUCAGAGGCGAGUCCCUCCCAUCCCGCUCACCUGUGGGGCGCACAGGUGCCUGUAGGCAUCUGGGAGCCAGGGCGAUGCAAGUGCGAGCCAAGGGGAAAAGCGGGGUGCCAGAAGCUGGCCUUCCUGCAGGCUCAGAAACCAGUAGCGCGCUUGCUCUCCCGCGCCGACUCCCUUCGGGGUCCACCCGUCACGGUUCAGUAGAUCGUCCUGUUUCCUUAAGAGGCGGGGCCUGCUGGCAGGUCCGGGUUACGUCAUCAACGUGCGCCAGAAGUCUUGGAGCUCCACGUGGAUACGGAGGCAUCAUGGCGGGAACCGAGGCCUCCCAGCCGCAGAAGCGCUACUACCGACAGCGGGCCCACUCCAACCCCAUGGCGGACCACACGCUGUGCUACCCUGUGAAGCCAGAGGAGAUGGACUGGUCUGAGCUUUACCCAGAGUUCUUUGCUCCCCUUACUCAGAAUAAGAGCCAUGACGAUCCAAAGGAUGCCAAAGAAAAGCAAGCUGGGACCCAAGUGGAGUUUGCAGACAUAGGUUGUGGCUAUGGUGGUCUGUUAGUGGCACUGUCACCACUCUUCCCGGAUACCCUGAUUCUGGGUCUAGAGAUUCGGGUAAAGGUGUCUGACUAUGUACAAGACAGGAUUCGGGCCCUGCGUGCGGCUCCCGGAGGUGGAUUCCAGAACAUCGCCUGUCUCCGCAGUAACGCCAUGAAGCACCUUCCUAACUUCUUCCGCAAGGGCCAGCUGACGAAGCUAUUCUUCCUCUUCCCCGACCCGCAUUUUAAGCGAACGAAACAUAAAUGGCGAAUCAUCAGCCCCACACUCCUGGCAGAAUAUGCCUACGUGCUGAGAGUUGGGGGACUGGUGUACACCAUCACCGAUGUGCUGGAGCUGCACCAAUGGAUGUGCACCCAUUUUGAAGAGCACCCACUGUUUGAGCGUGUGCCCCUGGAAGAGCUGAGUGAAGAUCCCAUUGUGGAGCACCUAGGCACUUCAUCUGAGGAAGGAAAGAAAGUUCUACGCAACGGAGGGAAGAAUUUCCCAGCCAUCUUCCGAAGAAUCCAGGAUCCCAUCCUCCAGGCAGUGACCCCCAACACCACCCUGCCUGACCACUGACUUCUCGCCCUGCCCUUCUAGUGACUGGAAAAAAAGAUCAGGAUCAACUCCCCUUCCCAGACCUGGUGGGACUGAGGCCAUGAUCUCCUUCCAGAAGCCGGUGCAGCUCGUGUUCUUACCCAUCGCUGACUCUUACUGCCUUCUUGCCCUUCCACAGAAGAAAGCAAAAGAAGCUGACUGAGAAGGUCAAAGGACCUUGGACCAGAGGGUGUGUGUGGAGGACUGUGGGGAUUUUGUUCUCCCUCCUCCUUGUGGGUCUCUCCUCAGCUGGAAUGAAGAGUGCAAAGCCCGAUGUCUGAGCUGCCUGGGUGCUUGGCUCAGGUCCCUGUCUCCCAUGUCGUCUGUCCCGUGUCUCCCCCUCCCCCAUUGUGUUUACUCUGCAGUCCUGGGGAUAAAGUGUGUGCCCACGUGCCCAUGCUGCUAUUUCCCAGAGAGGCUGGGGUGUGUGUCACGCGCCUCCCCCAUGUUCUCCCCACUUACAAUCUGACCCCAGCCAUCCCUGCUGCUGUUAUUGUUGUCUCUGUAGUAUUGGAGAACAAGAGGGUAGAGACCCUUGCCUUUGCCAUGUUGACCUUUGAUUCCAGAACUUCAAAGUUGGCUGACUGGCAUGGUACCUGAUGGGGCGAGGGAGGCAAGGAGGAGGGGGAAAGGCAGAGGAGCAGGGAGCUCAACUAGGAAAAAUUUUUAAUUAUUUGUAUGUGUAUGAGUGUUUGCCUACAUAUAGGUAUGUGUACCACACUUGUGCCUGGGCCCUUGGGGCCAGAAAAGGGAGUUGGGUCUCCUGGAACUGGAGUUACAUAUGCUUGUGAGCUGCCACGUGGGUACUGGGAACUGAACCCUGCUUCUCUGUAAGAGCAGCUGGUGCUCUUUACUGAGAGCCAAAGCCGACCCCUGCUUCUCUGUAAGAGCAGCUGGUCCUCUUAACUGCUGAUCAUCACUCCGGCCCCAGAACUGUAGGAUUCUGUGGCUCAGAGCAAUCAGUGGCUGCUGACCACAAAGGUCCCCAAAAGGUUGAGUGAGCUUGGGGUUCAGGGGAUGCUGAGCAUCCUCUCCAAACUUCUCUACUUUGCAAAAAUGAAAGAAAACCUUAGUAUUAUUACUGGGUUUUCAAGACAGUUUUUCUGUGUAUCUCUUGCUGUCCUGGAGCUCGAUCUGUAGAACAGGCUGACCUUGAACUCAGAGAUCCACGAGUGCUGGGAUAAAGGUGCGCCAGCACCGCCUGGCGUGUAUUAUUACUAACAUUUCUUUGUGUAUAGGAGGUGAGGGUGUGUAACACCACCGCCUGGUGUGUAUUAUUAUUACUAACAUUUCUUCGUGUGUAGGAGGUGAGGGUGUGCACAGCACAUGUAUAGUGAGUGGUGAGAAGACAAUCCAAUAGCAUCAGUUCUCAUGUUUACUAUGUGUGUGUUCUGGGAUUAAACUCAGGUCAUCA